AUGUCGAUAGAAUACGUGGUAGUCAGCGAGGGCGAACAAGAUGAGCCCAUCGAAUUGCCGACGGAGGAGGAUGGUUCCCUGUUGCUGAGUACUAUAGCGGCGCAGUUUGCUGGUGCCAGUGGCCUCAAGUACCGAGCUGGUGGGAGGCUACGUGGACUACGGCUGGCAGAUGAACAUGUCUUACCGCCGGCAGAAGGAUGGGCGGCACACCGUUACUUCUGUGCUUUCCCGCGCAUAGAGUCGGCGACGGCAGCGUUGCGACCGCGGUGUUCGGACCUCAUUGUUCUGGGCCUACCGUGGAAGACGAGUGAAGAAGCCGUACGAGACUAUUUUACAGCUUUUGGUGAACUGCUAAUGGUGCAAGUAAAGCGUGAUACUAAAACAGGCUUGUCAAAAGGAUUUGGUUUUAUUAAGUUUGCUGACUAUGAAGCUCAGAUGAGAGCCCUUGGAAGACGACAUAUGAUAGAUGGGCGUUGGUGUGAUGUACGUAUUCCUAAUAGUAAAGAAGGUGGAUCAGCAGCUCACAGAAAAGUGUUUGUCGGACGGUGCACAGAGAGUCUCACUGCAGAUGAUCUUCGAGAAUAUUUUGGUGCAUUUGGUCAGGUGACCGAUGUAUUUGUUCCAAAGCCAUUUCGUGCUUUCAGCUUUGUCACAUUUUUAGACCCAGAGGUUGCUCAAUCUCUCUGUGGACAAGACCAUAUAAUUAAAGGUGUGUCAGUGAACAUCUCAAGUGCAUCACCAAAGCGUGAACGUGGUGCACGGUCACAGCUUAUGGGGUGGGGACUGGUGGAGGGUACUCCUCGGGUCUACAGCUGGCCACCUGAUGCUUGGCACCAUUCUGCUCCGCUCACUGACACCAAACCCUACCUCAAGUAUGAGUAA